CGUAUGCGGCGCGCAGAGCGGGAGUAACAGCUGUAUCUCGUUUUUUUCUAACCUUAAACGCGGUCAAAGAUAAGAUCCGUUUAAUUUUUCUCUUUAAAUCAGUGACAUUUUUCGAUUUCUUGUUACUUGUGCUGUGGUGAUCACGCUGUGGUGAUUGAAUUACGCAUUGAGAAUCAGAUCAGGUUGCUGCGUUAGCAAUGGUAAAGAUAAACACACGUUGGAAGACCGCUGAGGACUUCAAUCUUUUGCGAGGGACUGGUGUUGCAACAAAGGUUAAAUAUUUCUGGCGCAAAGGAUGGCAGGAGAUACCAGUAAUAAUGGGAGGUUCCUUUAUAUUAUUGCUCGGACUUGGCAUGACCGCAUUCGGAGCAACUUACUGUUACAUGCACGAUAUGACUCCGAAAUAUUACAUUAACAUACCGAGAAUUUACAGACCGGAUGAUCCGCGAGCUCAGAAGAUCCGUCACACUUCGGUGUUUGAUUACUAAUUCGUGUUUUAUCAUUUAAUAGCGAUAUGUGAAAUGGUAUACACAUUGUUAUAUAUUAUACUUCCUAUUGUAGAAACAUUAUAUUAAAAAAUAAAUGUUUAACUUAUUAUUAGUAA